GUGGGUUAUGGCGGGCUUGCCGCUGCUUUUCAUUGUCAAGUUCAAGGCGUUCUCCGCUUCAGUGAGAAGACGUUUUCCUGACGCCCGGCCCGCAUUGGGCAGUACUCGCCUUGCCAAUGGCAACAGCAGAUGUCACGACAGAACGUUCCUGUAGGGGGGAUUUGAAGUUUUGGCUGCUAGCGAGAAUUCUUCACAAGGCACUUGAGUAGUUGCUUGCAAGAAAGAAGUGAAGUGGGGGAAGAACAGGGGAAGAACACGAAGUGUCCUAUUAGUUUGUGCAUUUACUGCGCUAGAAACAAUAGCAACCACCAGCCUUCGACAGCCGGGCUGAUCCACGAAGUCAGCAUGUCAGUGGCGGUUUCUCUGGUCAGCGCCCAGGCCGGGGGAAGGGCGUUGAGUUAUCGGUGUAUUCCGGCAGGACCUGGGAGUAACAUGCGAGGAAUUUCAGGUCAAGCGCUUUUCGCCGCCCCAUCCGCGCAUCGCCUCCAACAACGGGCAGAGCAUCGACGAUUUGAGCUUUGUGCGGGAUAUGGCGGUGUGGUGAGGGCGGAGGAGCAGGGGGAGCGGCCCAGUCAGCACAACGUGGUUACUGUCCAUGUCAACGACGACGACCUGACCUUCACAUCCGACGCACCCGCGCAUGCCAUCCUGGCGCACCUGGAGGUCAUCGCCGGACCGGGCAUCCUUGUGCGAGCCGGCGACUUUUACUCUCCACUCAAAGACGAAAAGGUGCCAGCUGGAGACUAUGCGUUCAGAACAGGUGAGUCGAAGGCCGUUGUCGGCACAAGGGAGCAGGCCGCAGUCUCGCAGGAACUGCAGGCGAUGAGAGCAGAGAUUGCCAAGAUGGCAUCCGAGGCCCCUUCGUUGGGGGAGUUGUGGAAGAACUGGGUGGUGGUAGGCGGCUAUUUUCCGGCCACAUGGGGACCCCCGGCUUUGAGGGUAGUAGGCACGAUUUUAGAAAAAGAUCUAGAUUUCUUGGAUUCCGUUCUUGGCGCCGCGAAGGAUUCUUUGGGUCCCUUCGUGGUGGUUAGAUAGACUGCGAAGAAAUCUUGCGGAGGGCUCGGUUGAAGGAUGGAGCUGGCGAUUGAAGCAAGAGGAGGACGAAGGUGGAGUCCGGGAGGUAGAGGAAGCAUGUUUUCUGUCCGCGUUACAGUAUUUACAUUGCGAUUGAGAAAUGGCACCAUGUUGUCUUGAGUCCCAUAUUUGGAUGUAAGAUGGAUUAGAGCGCUUAGUUUCAAACAAGUAAUCCAAGCAUGUCGAUUCUCUAUUUGCGUUGCAAGACAAUGGGAAGGUUCUGACGAGUGCGGCACCGCGCAUGUUACGAGACGGCUUCACACCAUGUAACCAAUCACCAACUCUACUCGAAGUGUGUGGCG